AUGGGCAAAAAAUCAAAGAAAAAUAGUGGAGGGGCAGGCGUGGCAGGAAAGCAAAAUGCUGUGAAGGAAGGUGCUAAAGCAGCCAAUUCAGAGAAUAGUUCGGAACCAACACCAACACACUCCGGCAAAGUGGGCAAUGUUUUGACAACAUCAGCAGAAAGUACGCAUUCCAACGGCAAGGUGAAUGGUAGUAGUGAAGUUCUUCUUGAGAAUGAGAAAAAUGCUGAGGAGAGCGAUUUACCUCCAUCCAAUGAAUUUCAACUUACUAAAUCCCAAUCACAAGACACCAGUACCGAAGCAAGCACCACUGAGAACCACGUCGCGGAGAAGGCCAUCUUAAGUAAUGGAAUUAAUCUAUCAGGCUCUUCAGCUGAAAUUGGAAAUUAUGAUUCACUAACUGAAGCUCAAACUAGAGUGGAUAGCUCCGAUAAGGCGGGGCCAGAUGUAACCUCUCUUGAAACUAAACUCCUGGAAAGAAAUAAUGAAAUUUCGAGUCUUCAAAAAACCGUCAAUGAAAGUAAUUUGGAGCUACGAAAACUUAAAUCUCUACUUCAAGAAAAAGAUGCUGAAAUCCUGGAUCUAACUUCGAAAGUCUCCUCUGAUGAAUCCUCACAGGACUUUGUCAAGCUAAAGGAAGAAUUGUUAGAAGCCAAUGCCGCCAAGGAAAAUGCAGAAGAACAAUAUGAAUCGUUGCUAGAGAAAAUUUCUCAAAUCAAGUCGACAUUAGGAGCACGUCUUAAAUCUGAUGCUGAAGAGCUAUCGGCGUAUCAAGCUCAAGUCGAGGAACUCCAGCGUGAAAAGAGAGAACUUUCAAGUUCCAUUCAGACAUUACAGCAAGAGGCCAUAGCUGCAAACAAAGAGAGUGAUCAUUUAUCACAUGAACUCUCUCAACUCAGAAACGAAUUUCAGUCUAAAAUGCAAGAGUGGUCAAAUGAACGAGAGACCCUUGUUAAAGAAAAGCGUCUGGAGCAUGAAAAGUCGGAAAAGUUCGAGUCUAUGGUACGGGAUUUGGAAGUCGCCAUAGCAGACGACCAUUCACUAAGGGAAAAUGCCAACUCUCGUAUCUCCGGACUGGAAGAACAAAUAACUACACAAACAAACUAUGCUGAAAGAUACAGAACGGAAAGAGAUGAACUAAAAGCACAACUACAGUCAGUGCAGAAACAAUUAGAAUCUAGAGCCCUUGAAUAUUCAGAAAAACUGGCUGUUUUAGAAUCACAAAAUCAACAUACACAAGCAAAAUUUGACUCUGCAACUUUAGAGCUAACGUCUGCGAAAACACAUAUCAGCAAUCUCGAAGCCAGCAAUAAAAGGCUCUCCGUUUUGGAAAGUGAGGUUAAAGAAAAAGGAUUGUUAAUAGGCAAACUUCGUCAUGAAGCUGUCAUCUUAAACGAACACUUGACUAAAGCGCUACGUAUGAUCAAAAAAGAUUCUGAAGGCGAGACUGUUGACAAACUUUUGGUUAGCAAUCUUUUGCUAUCUUUCUUAUCAUUUCAAAGAGGAGAUGCCAAGAAGUUUGAGGUUUUACAGCUGAUUGCGAAUUUCUUAGGCUGGGACGAAGAUCAAAAAGCACAAGCAGGCCUAACGAGAUUGCAAGGGUCUGUGAACAAUACUGCGUCCCCCAGAAGAUCUCAAUCAUCAAAUAGUCUCCCACCGCUUGCAGAAGAUGGCUCAUCUGCAGGCAGGUUUAUGGGACUAUUUGCAGAAUUUUUGGAGAGAGAAUCCACGAAACGAAGCAGUACCGAUCAGCAAAAUCAAUCUUGA